AGUUGUUCUCAUUAUUGAUAUCCCUCUGUCUCUCUCUCUCUCUCUGCUGAUGACCUACUGUACAUACUGCUUGAUUUUGGGGGUGGGGAAUUCACUUAGGUUUUUCAGCAUGAACAGUGCCGCGUGCAACGUGUGCUUCAACAAGUUUGGCUUCUUUUUGAGUCCGAAAGCAUGCGUGGAUUGCGGCCGGCCAGUGUGCAGGGAUUGCUACAAGAAGCCCAAGGGAGUCAUCGGCUUUGACGACAUCUGCCUCGGCUGCUACGAGAAGGAAGCGCUCAAGACGCAGGUGCCGAACAACGCUGUUGAGGCGCCGGCAGCGCUGACGAAGCGACUGCGUGCACUCGCGGAUCCAAAUGCACCGCCACCGCGGUCGUCGUCUACUGCGACAACCGCUAUUCCCGGUUGA